AUGACAUCGGUCCCAUGUCCCUAUUCAAAAAUCCAGCCAGAAUUCAUAAACACAAAAUCCAUCCAACGAAUGCCUAUGAAAGAUUCAGCGCUCGUUGAGCUGCUUCGUGUGGAAUCUCCAUCAUCCCUGUUUGUCCGUCCCAUCAGCCAUAUUCGAGACCAACUAGUCUACACGGAGCCCUAUUUUCUAGUCCCUCAUACUAAUUUCGAAGCAGGCAAUUAUGCAUUAGCUCCGAUUGAAGAGAGGGUGUUUGGGAGGUGUCUGAUUGUCAGAAAUAUUCCACUUCUAGAAGCCUGUCGGGUGUUUUUCAUCGAUGACGCUGUGACGGCUAAUGUCUCUUGGAAGUGUCUAUUCGUUUUGAAGGACGAGGAGAGGUUCCAUCCGUGGCAAGCGAUGCAUAUUUCUCUGGGGAGAUUGGGGUCCUUAACGAACGAAUGGUCGUUCGAUCAACGUCGCCAGUUCUUGGAUAUCCUCUCCGAAUUCCCGAAAUUCGAGAUCACCCCUUGUCAAGUGGAUAUCGAAGACGAUCAAGAGGAAAUCGAUCGCCCGUCGCUUCUAGUGAAUUUAUAUGGGAUAGAAGAGGAUAAAACGAUGGAUGAGAAAGUGUCGAUUGAGGAAAUUUGCGGAGUUUUGAUGCCAAAUGUAAUGGUCACUUGUUUUCCGACACUUCUAACAGAAGAUCCUCGACUCGCUGAAUUGGAUAAGGAGCAGGAUAAUUUGGAAGUGAUUCUGUUGGAGGAGUUUAGGAGGCAGUUACCCUAUGAUUGGAGACACGAAGAUAAGCCGGAAUAUAAAGAAGGAGACGAAGACUGGGACAUUGUCACUUGCAAACUGGUGGAAUGGGAUAAGAAAUGGCUGAAAAAGUACCUUCUGGAAGACGGAUGCUUUUGGGGAUUCAUCACUACGAAUGUUACAGUAUCCCCAUGGGAUAUGCACAUCACACCGAUUCUCAAGGAAAACGAAGGAUCCGCCGAUGAGCAAUGGAUUUUCGAUCAAUUCGACACAAUCAAACGAAUGCAGCUGGUUUUUGACGAUUUCUAUGUGUGUCCCAAGAAUCAGAGACCUCUGGAUGAGGAGGAGAUACGCUACGCCCUAACCCAAGGACGUGCCUACGCGAUCGCAGCCGUCGAGCAUCGCAAAAAAACGGGUCCCCAAUGGCUCCGCGUCGAAAUUCUCGACAUCCUACCCAACAACAAUCUGGAUAUCCGUUUCGUGGACCAAGGAUUCCGCGGAUUCGAGAACAUUAAGAACAUCUACCGUAUCCAUCGCCUUCACACCGAAAUGCCACCAUUCCAGAUUCCAAUGGGUCUCUAUUUCGACGACGUAUCGAUAUCCGAAACAGAAAUGGGAUGGAGCAGUCACUUCUGGCGGGACAUCGUUCCAUUCGACGUGCCAAUCGUCGUGGGGCCCAAGCUGGAGUUCAUCGAAACUGGGAAACUUCAAUUUGCGGAGAUUCGAGAGAUUGGAGAGCAAGAGAAUCUGCUGGAUGAGAUUCCUCCGAUGUCUCUCUACUCGGGAGAUGGAUUUUCGCAUUAUGAUGACGAAGAGGAAAACUCGGAUUUGGGAUCUUCUGGAUCUUCUGAAGUGAACUAUGAAGAGGAUGAGAUGGAACUGAAAUCAGAUCGUCGUGGAAUUCCAGAAGAAGAAGACGAGUACGAUUCUGAAGACCCGGAUUAUUAUGACGAUUAUGAUUAA